UAUGAUUCUGAGAAAUGUGACUAAUGAUAUAAGGUCAACAGGAGGAGGUGGAGGAAGAUGUCAAGUAGUCUGCAUUAAAGAUCCGAUCAAUGAUUAGUGUCACCCCAGUUCUUCAUCACAGUUCCUGAACACAGGCCGGCUCCUGUAUUCUAGUUCCAUAAAAUUAAACUCAAUUUCAACCACAGGGUCCUAAAACCAGGAAAUGACACACACACACCUCAGGCAGGCCUCUUUGACAGGAGAGCCUCGAGGUUUUGACAGAUCUACAGACACUGUGGAAAGUUGAGGUUUGCGCGAUGACACAAGCAGGAAGCUACUGUCUCUAGUUAAAUGUCAGGAUGCGCAGGUGCGGGGCUCGCUGGCAGAUACUGACUAAGAUCACCCAGAAACACAGGACCCUGGCCAGCAGGAGCCUUCGCUGUCCUAACAGAGGAGGUAAACACACGACUCCAUGAUGGAACAGGAACAAUGCGUCAUGGUCUUAUAAAGCACAUCUCCAGCACUUCCUACAACAGUCUACCCGACAGUGAAGAAACAACCUGUAACACGACAGACGAGAUCCACCAGCCAUCUGUGAAGUAACGACAACGCCCCCGCCCCCCCAAAAAACGUUCAGGUCUCGCUACGUCGCUGUCCACGACAAUGUCCUCUCCCCCGAAUACCACCAGCUACCUCACCGCCGACCCGAAGCGAUGCGUCGUGAACGACCAGAUGGAGCCGUUUAUCGUCCUCUACAUCCUCAUCUUCCUCGUGAGCCUGGCGGGAAACGCGACGUCGCUGUGGGCGUUCACCUGCGGCUCGUGUUUCCACGGCAGCAAGGAGUGUACAAACGUCUACCUGACCAACCUGCUCGCCUCCGAUCUUAUUCUGACGCUGGCCCUGCCCUUCAAGAUCGCCAAGGAUUUGGGUGUGGCGUCCUGGGAAAUGAUGGUGUUCCACUGCCAGGUCAGCGCGGUGCUCAUCUACAUCAGCUUGUAUGCAUCCAUCUUCUUCCUGGCUUUCAUCAGUGUGGACCGCUACCUGCAGGUGAUCGGCAGCUCGCGCGUGCUGCGUGUGCGUCGCGUGGGCUUCGCUCGGCUGAUGUCGGCGGUGGUGUGGAUGCUGGUCCUCGUCGUCAUGGUUCCCAACAUGCUCCUUCCAAUCCACAGCGUGGCGGAGGAGCGGCACCUCAGCUGCUCCGCCCUGAAGAAGGGCGUGGGUCUUCACUGGCACAGCUUCUCCAUCUUCCUCUCCAUGGCGCUGUUCCUCAACGCGUCCGCCGCCGUGCUCAUCUCUAGCGGGCUCGUCCUGCAAAGGCUGCUGGGAAGCAGGCACAACCCCGACGACCGGGACAGCGCCUGCCAGGCCACAGUCUACAUCGCCGUGGUGACCGUGGCGUACGUGGUUAGCUUUGUACCGUACCACGUGGUGCGCACCCCGUACACCCUCAACCAGGCCCAGGUCCUGGAGCAGGACUGCCCCACCAGGAGACACCUCUUCCUGGCCAAGGAAUCCACCUGGCUGCUGGCGUUGCUGCAUGUGUGCUUUGACCCUGCUCUCUACUACUUCUUCUCUCAGUCCUUCAGAGAGAGAAUCGGGAGAGUGUUUGACAGGAGGACUAGGGCGUCUGUUUCUAUCACCGAACCUGCUGCUGUGAUUCUGCAGUCUUUAACUGCCACAGACUGAACGCAGGCGGGUUCUAACCCACACAGCCAGCAGUUAUGAAUCAGGGUAGGCUAUAUUUUUACUGAAACUAGAUAUGAGAAGAGUCUUGGUGGAUUUAACUAUCAUUUUUAUCUGAACAAAUAGCUUAAUAUGUAUAAAAAUAUUUAAUGUAUUCUGUGUACUACUUGUGUCAUGGAAAAUCUUUAUGAAUGUGGUGUUGUUCACUUUGAUCAAGUCACAAUGAAAUAUAGGCUAUAUUUUAUAUAAAACAAAAACAUAUUUUCAUGUUUGAUAACAAAUAAAUUCUGUUUU